AUGGCGAAAGUUUCGACUCUUAGAAGCGAAGCCUGUUUGCCUUGGAUGACGAUGCGCAACGUUGCUUCGUGCCUCUUGACAAAGGCUGCUAUGGGUACGAAAAAGGAUGGGAAGCCAAAUGUGAUCAUCAGACCAUAUACGCCCAUAAGUGAUCCGUACGUUCGUGGUCACUUUGAUUACUUGUCAAAGACUUACCCGCAAGAAAAAAUGAGCAAAUAUUUUGCCGCUCUUCGGCCCGGAGACACUUUGGAAAUGAAAGGGUGCGUGUACAAGCUCCCAUACAGCGCCAACAUGAAAGCACGUAUUGGGGUGAUUGCAGGAGGUACCGGGAUCACACCGAUGUUUCAAGUGCUUAACAAGAUCUUAAAAAACCCAGAAGAUAAAACACAGGUCUCGUUGAUCUAUGCCAACUUGACCCCGGACGACAUUCUACUCAAGAACGAGCUCGACAAACUAGCUGAAAAGCAUCCAAACUUCAAGGUUUUCUAUGUUGUCGAUAAGCCAACGCAUUACUGGGGAGGAGGAUCCGGCUUCAUCACGAAAGACAUCCUGGUGAAGGGACUACCACCUCCUUCGGACGGCAAUCUCAUCAUGGUGUGCGGGCCUCCAGGCCUCAUAAACCACAUCUCCGGCGCUAAAGCACCAGACAAAUCACAAGGACAAUUGACAGGUCUCUUGAAAAGCAUGGGUUACACUGAAGACCAAAGUUCUAGGCAUUCUUUUAUUCUCAGGACAAUAACAAAUACAAAGCUCUUUAAAUUGGACUUGGAGCGGGGCUGGUCUGUAGAGGAGAUGGGCUUGGAGCGAGGCAGGUCUUUGGAGGUGAUGGGCUUGGAGCGGGGCUGGUCUUUGGAGGUGAUGGGCUUAGAGCGGGGCUGGUCUUUGGAGGAUUUGGACUUGGAGCGGGGCUGGUCUUUGGAGAAGGGCUUGGUGUUGGGCUCGUCUUUGGAGAUGGGUUUGGUGUUGGGCUUGAACUGGGACUUUCCGUGCAUCCUGUAA